AUGGCUGAAUAUUUAGCAUCGAUAUUCGGGACUGAGAAGGACAAGGUUAACUGCUCUUUUUACUUUAAGAUCGGGGCCUGCCGGCACGGGGACCGGUGCUCCCGGCUUCACAACAAGCCGACUUUCAGCCAGACCAUAGUGCUGCUCAACCUGUAUCGGAAUCCACAGAACACCGCCCAAACCGCAGACGGAUCGCACUGUCACGUGAGCGACGUGGAGGUGCAAGAACACUACGAUAACUUCUUCGAGGAAGUGUUCACCGAACUGCAGGAGAAGUACGGGGAGAUCGAAGAGAUGAAUGUGUGCGACAACCUGGGGGAUCACCUCGUGGGCAAUGUUUAUGUCAAGUUUCGGCGCGAGGAAGAUGCAGAGCGGGCAGUGGUUGAGCUCAAUAACCGUUGGUUCAACGGGCAAGCUGUGCAUGCCGAGCUGUCUCCCGUCACCGAUUUCCGGGAGUCGUGCUGUCGGCAGUAUGAGAUGGGGGAGUGUACCCGCGGUGGUUUCUGCAACUUCAUGCACCUGCGACCCAUUUCCCGCGACCUCCGGCGGCAGCUCUACGGGCGGGGACCCAGACGCAGGUCACCCCCAAGGUCCCAUACUGGCCACCGUCCCCGAGAAAGAAAUCGACGACGGUCCCCAGACCACCGGCAUGGCCGUUUCUGA